AUGUGGAAAUUAAUAGUGUUGGUCUUGAUCGGUGGUUCAAUAUGUUUCUCCCUUUCUCCAGACUCCACCAUUCCCUAUCCACGCAUGCAGAUAUACCAAUGGGGUGUUGGUGACCCGCGAGCUCGGAAAUUAAAGAAGCCUAGGUGGUACAGAGAUAAAGACUUUUCUCAAGCAAUCGUGGAGAAGAAGGUGCGCCUGUUAUGUGCGGACCGGCUGUUUCUGGUCUCUUUCCUUUUCCUGGCUUUCACUUUUAGUACUGGGAUCAUCAGACGACGGCGCAACCCCAUCCCUAGGCCUCUGGCAAGUUGA